AUGUUUCCUAAAGACAAACAAGAAAUGAAAAUUUUGGACGAAAAUCUUGGCGAGUUGGAUGCAACUGUUAAACACCUCGAAAACGAAAUAUUUAUGAAGAAAAAACAAUUCUUCUCUCAAACAGACCUGAAACCUGUAGAUAUUUCCCAAGUCUCUGAGAUUAACAAUCAAGAAAUGAUUAAGUCUCCAAUAAAAGAAACUAGAAUCGUCCCUAAGAGUGAAUUAGAUAAUGAAAACGCAGAUUCUAGUAAAGAUGAAUUCCAGAUUAAUGAGAACCUUGAAAAUGAAAAUUUUAUUCCUGAGGAAUACAUCCAAAAUGAUGACGGAGUGAAAAAAGCCAUUUCAACUAACAUAUCCCCAAAAAAUUCGGUAAUAAUAGAUCAAAACACUGAAUCCAGUUUUUCUUAUUCUAAUGUAUGUGAGUCUUCAACAAACUUGAAAUUAAUCCACGAAAAAGAAGAGAUCCCAUUGGAUUUACAAAGUUCAAUUCCAAUUCAGCUCCAACAGCCUCCUCAGAUUCCUAUAUUACAACCACAACCAAAUUCUCAGCCUCACAUUAAUCCAUUUAUGAUUCAACCAAUGCAAAUGCCUCCUCAUGCCCACGGAGGAGUUCAGUUAAAACCAAUUCCAAUUCAUAAACAAUCACAUGAUCAUUUUCACUUAGCCCCUCAAGCCACAGCUUUUCAACCGGGUCAAUCUCAAGUUCAUUUAAAUCCUAGAAUUCAGUCAAUCCCAGGAAUGAUACAGAGUCAGCAUCCCUUCCCACUUCAUCCACACCAUAAUGCUCCAAUGCCUCCAGUUCCCUCAACAAAUAUGCAAAUUCCUUUACCCGUCCCCAUGCAAAUGCCUAUUCCUGUCCCCAUUCCAAUGCAAAUGUCGGUCCCUGUGCAAGUCCCAAUGCAAGUCCCAAUGCAAGGCCCAAUGCAAGUCCCAAUGCAAGCUCCAAUGCAAGUCCCGUUGCAAGCUCCAAUACAAAUCCCAAUGAAAGCUCCAAUGCAAGUCCCGUUGCAAGCUCCAGCUCUGGGGUCUAUGCAAAUCCCCAAUAUGAACUCUCCUUACCUUCUAACCGAUUCAAAUAUGCAAAUUCAAUUAGACCCAACAGCUCCUAACUCAGUAGGCACUCCUCCACCCAAUAUGGGGCCCCCUUCGCACAUUCAAACUCCAAUUUCUUCAGAAAUUGCUCCUGGUUUUCCUUCUGGGAUAACGGGUUCUGUUGGAGUUACGGGGUCAUUUCCAGCAGCAGGUUCAGGGCCAAAUAUCCCAAACCCUCUUGGAAUGGACUCUCAAAUGCUCGCAAAAUACUUGCUAACAGCAAUGGCAGAGGAGUGUUUAAAUAAAAAGAAGUCAACCAAAGUUGAAGAUGGAAACUUAGCUUCAAAAAAUCAGACUUAUGUUUCUGAAUCUGGCCCCUCAAGUGUCUCGAGUACAUUAUUCCCGGCCCCAAAUAUCCGUCCUCUUAUCCAACCACCAAAAGUAGAAAUUGAUUUUAAUUCCCCCACAUGCUUUUCACAAGAUGUAUUUAAGAAGAAAUGCAAGAGAAAACCCAAAGUAACAUCAAACAAUAGCAUUCCAAAGAUUGAUGGUCAAUUCCUAUUUUCCGAUCAGAAUCCGAUGGUAAAUAAUCAUGGACUCAACCCGGAAUUGGAAGCAAAUCCCGAUCAACAGUCCCAAAUAUCUCCCCCUUCCUCUCCGACAUGCUUCUCAUUUAAAGCUUCCGUCCCAGUAAGUAUACUUGGAGACAACCCAUUUUCUGAAUCUAUCACGAAGAUGGUUACCAAUAAAGUUUCUCAGUGUCAUCCUCAUCAAUAUAUGCCUAAUAGUAGUUUUAAUAUUAAAUCUGGGUAUAACUUACCGAUUCAUCUGCAAUAA